GAACGAAGCUUCCUGGAAGUUGCCAUGGCACUCACUGCUCCCACUCUCCAUUUAAGCGAUCCACCUUCGUCUCUCUUUCUCCUCAACCCCUCAAUUUCUUCUUCUUCUUCAUCUUCUUCUUCAUCUUCUUCUUCUCCUCUAUUUCUCUAUACCCAUUUUAGGUUUCUGGGUCACUCAGUUUUUCCGCCAUGAAACAGUUCAUCAAGGCUAUCAGUCCCAAACGCCUUUUCAGAUCCAAAAAGGACCGAUCUGUUGUCUCCAGAUCUGAUCCGUCGUCAUAUAGUUAUGGUGCGUCGUCGUCUUCGUCUUCCGACUCUUCCGUUUCCAACCAUAAGCCUGAUUUGAUAGGCGGUGCGGUUGAUAUCGGAACGCCUACCAGUGUUCUCCCUGAUUUAUCCGGUGACUGGUCAGACAUCUCCUGCGAUACUUAUUCAGAGCUGCUUCAGGCCUUUAAGCUCAUAGACAAGGAUAAUGAUGGGAUUAUCCCAAGGAACGAGUUAGAGGCGCUGUUGAGCCGAUUGGGAGCGAAACCUCCCAGCCAAGAAGAGGUGGCGACGAUGUUAAGCGAGGUGGAUCAGGAGGGCGAUGGAUUCAUAAGCGUGGAGGCUCUAAUGAGCCGCAUCGGCUCCACCUAUGAACCGGCGGCGGACGAUGAGCUUAGAGUGGCUUUUGAGUUCUUUGACACGGAUCAGGACGGGAAAAUAACAGCCGAGGAGCUACUCGAAGUUUACAAAACGCUCGGGGACGAGCAGUGCACGUUAGACGAUUGCCGGCGCAUGAUAGCACAGGUGGAUAAGAACGGGGUUGGGUUUGUAUGCUUCGAAGAUUUUUCUCGCAUGAUGGAGCUUCAAAGAUGAUCAUUGUUAUAAUUAGAUCAUGCGAUGGUGGUGCACUUGAUAAAUGUCUUGAUUUUUUUUUUCUUUUUUGUCCUUUAUAAUUUUCUUCUUAAGAAUCGAGUGAUCUGGGGUGGAGUAGGAGUAGCUAUGGUGGAGAUGAGUUACAUAGUAAAAGAUCAGGAGCGGCCCUGAUUGCUUGAUCUCGCUGCAAAUAUGCCUCUCUCAGCCGUAUAUAUAUGAUGAUCAGAUAAUUCCUUUGAACA